AUUAUCAUCAGCUUGGAGAAUUACUGAUAGAGCGAGAAGGAGCACAAAAACUCCACCGGUGAAGGAACGUCCGUUGAAGUUUACACCAUCUGCAUCUCCAUACUUCACUCUGAGGCAUGUCUCAGAGGAGUAAAGCAUCAUCGAGUCAGAGCUCCUCCUCUCGUCCCUCCUCUGCCCAUGAAACCCCCCCGCUGCGCUCGGCUCUAAAGCACGGCUCUAAAGACUCAAAGGAUUCAUCUCAGAAAGCAUCUCACUCUGCCCAGCGCCGCCGGCGGAGCUUCAGCCAGGGCUCCGUCUAUUUACCCUACCUCAACGCACUGUUCGGACAGGAUAGAGAGCUGAUGCCGGAGGAGCUGGACGAGCUGCAGCAGGCCUUUAAGGAGUUCGACUACGACCAGGAUGGAUACCUGCACUACAAGGAUGUGGCCGACUGCAUGAGGACGAUGGGAUACAUGCCCACAGAAAUGGAGCUGAUCGAGAUCAUCCAGCAGAUCAAGAUGAAGUGGGGUGGUCACGUUGAUUUUGACGAUUUCUGUGAGCUGAUGGGCCCCCGCAUGCUGACGGAGACGGCGCACAUGGUGGGACUGAGGGAGCUUCAGUGCGCUUUCAAACAGUUUGACUGUAACGGUGAUGGGCGGAUCAGUUUUGAUGAGCUGAAGGAGUCGAUGAAGACGCUGCUGGGGGAGAAGCUGAAGAAGGGCGAGCUGGAGGAGAUUCUGUCUGAUAUCGACCUCAAUGGAGACGGAACCGUUGAUUUUGAUGAGUUUGUAAUGAUGCUGUUGGCUCGAUAGCUGCAUUUCGGGGAGCGUCCGAGAAUUUUUGGCUUGGAAUGGAUCAUUCAUCAAGCAUUUAACUGCUGCACUGCAUAUAGAGCACAUUUCAUUCGCUAAAUAUGUUUAAAUCCUGAAGUAAAUAAAGGGGUUUUAUGGCUAA